CUUUCCGGAGGCUGGGAGGUCCACUGGGGACAGCCUUCGUGCUGUGUCACAGGAGGCAGUAGGAGGAACUCUGCAUAACAAAUUUACUCACCCAACAGUCAUGGCCCAGGCUCCACUCCUGAGACCAGAGCCCUUGGGACUUAAUCUCCUCUUUAAAGGAGCCACCUCUCCACCAGUUUCAUAAGUGAUUUGUUUUCUUCCAACAUCUGAGCUUUGGGAACGUGUUCAAAGCACAUCAGUCUUGCUAAGCUCUUGAUUCUGGACAGCCUACCUGGAUUCCUGGCAUUGUGUGGUUGCUCAAUAAGAACCUGUGAGUUACAGGGAACUGUAUUACGCAACAUCUAACCACGGCUAGCCCUCUGCACCAACCGUUUCUGGUGCAGAGUCAUGAUUAGCAGACUUCACAGAUGUGGCAGUGUGGCUUCCAGCGGAAUGGAUGUGCUACGGCUUCUGGUGCUCUGCACCCUGGCUGCAUGCUGUGUGGCCCGCUCUCCCCCAGGGCCACCCCUGCCAAACGCCCCCUUCGCACCUUUGCGUUCCCUGGGCUGUAACGACUCUGAAGUGCUGGCAGUUGCAGGUUUUGCCCUGCAGAACAUCAACAGAGUCCAAAAGGAUGGCUACAUGUUGACCCUCAACAGAGUACACGAUGCUCGGGUUCACCGCCAGGAAGACAUGGGCUCUCUGUUCUACCUCACGCUGGACGUCUUAGAGACUGGCUGCCACGUGCUCAGCAGGAAGGCACUGAAGGACUGUGGACCGAGGAUUUUCUAUGAGACUGUUCAUGGACAGUGCAAAGCUAUGUUUCACGUUAACAAGCCAAGAAGAGUUCUCUAUUUACCUGCUUAUAACUGUACACUUCGCCCAGUUUCUAAAAGGAAGAUUCAUUCUAUGUGCCCUGACUGCCCGCAUCCCGUUGACUUGUCAUCCCCCAGUGUUCUGGAAGCUGCCACAGAAUCUCUUGCAAAGUUUAACAGCGAGAACCCCUCAAAACAGUAUGCACUCGUCAAAGUCACCAAGGCUACGUCCCAGUGGGUGGUUGGUCCUUCUUACUUUGUGGAAUAUUUGAUCAAAGAGUCACCAUGUACCCAGUCUCAGGACAGCUGUUCACUCCAGGCCUCCGACUCUGAGCCCGUUGGUCUUUGCCAAGGUUCACUGAUUAAAAGUCCCGGGCUCCCUCCUCAACCCGGGGUCCCUCCUCAACGCUUUAAAAAGACUGUCACUGUGUCGUGCGAGUUUUUCGAAUCUCAGGACCAGGUCCCUGGAGGUGAGAACCCUGCUGAUACCCAAGAUGCUAAGAAACUCCCUCAGAAAAACGCAGACCCUACCAGCUCACCCUCCAUAACUGCACCAAGAGGAUCUAUCCAACACCUCCCUGAGCAGGAGGAGCCUGAAGACUCCAAGGGAAAGAGUCCUGAGGAACCCUUUCCUGUGCAGCUGGAUCUAACCACAAACCCACAGGGCGACACACUGGAUGUCUCCUUCCUCUACCUGGAGCCUGAGGAAAAGAAGCUGGUGGUCCUGCCUUUCCCUGGGAAGGAACAGCGCUCCCCUGAGUGCCCCGGGCCUGAAAAGCAAAGAACCCCCUGAUGCUCCCCCCCUGAGACUCACUAGCAGGGUUCCACGGGGGAUGGUCCCCUGCAGUAGAUGGGAGGUGGUGGGAAUUGGGUAAGGCACAGACAAUCAAAUGUAGACCGGCUAAUAAAGUGUGUCCUUUGGAUGCUUCUUGAUCUCAA